UCCACCCAGUUCGCGCCUCCCCUCUAUAUCAACUCGCUUACUCAAACGGCGUUCUUUCUGUACGACGUCGCACCUUGUUCGUCUGCUCUGCGUCCACGCUUUCCGAGUCACUUUCGUCUACGGCAUCUCGAGGUCGGGAGCCUCGCGCAGGACAACAUGACGGUCACAAAGACGAGAGGAGCGACGAAGAAGCUGGGUCUCCUCCAUGAGAUGGUCAAGUUCAGAGCCGGCGAUCGUCGUUUCGCCAUCCACAAAAACCUGAUACCAGCAGACUCGUCGUUUAUUCUUGACCGACACGACCGCAAGAGGAAAUCCAUCUCUGGAGAGUGCGCAAUCUGCCAUAGAGAGAUGGAUGAUCAGCUUGAAGACAUCACGUACUGCCGAGCUCAAUGUGGUCAGAAUUUGCAUGCGAAGUGUGCCACGAAUUGGGUGGUGCUGAAAAAGAAGUGCCCUUUUUGCAGAUCGGAUUGGCUGGACGCUCAGGAAAUUCAUCUCGAGCUCGAUGAAUAUGCUGUGCAAGAUUAUCUCACCUGGCUUUACGGACAAGAGCAGUACGAUCUUCUCGCUGACGAAUUCGACGUACUCGGGGAUUCAACUGUGUAUAGCUUCUUCAGACCGGCUCUACACCUCCUUUCAGUCGGGAUAAUCAUGGGCGAUACCAGUUUCGCCCAGGCAACAAUCCAAGUUAUGGCUGAAGGAUGGGAAAAGCUUCAACUCCAGGAGAUCGACAAGAAAGAGUUUGGUUUAAUAAUUUGGCACGUUAUCGACUUGAUAUACGGUGACGAUACGAUAUUGCGUCAGUCCAAGAUAUAUUUCGUGUCACAGAUACUACCGGUAGUGACAGAGGAGCGCGAAGAGUUCUUCGAUACGCUUUUAGGUGGGGAUGGUUCUCUCCCUCCUUCGUUCUACCAUGAUCUAUCUCUGGUUCUUUUGCAAAAAUUUGGCGGACAGACCAGGGCCCUGAAGCCAUUCGCGGACUUUGAAAAACUGAACUUCAAUCUCGAGUCAUCUUAUGCGGAAUGGCUAUAA